AUGCAGCAGCAGCAGCAGGGUCGACAGAGGCUGAGGCCAUGGCUGGAGGAACAGAUUCAGUCUGGGAAGUACCCAGGAGUCAGCUGGCUGGACCAGUCGGCACGCAUCUUCCAGAUCCCGUGGAAACAUGCAGCUCGUCAUGGCUGGAGUAUCGACCGAGAUGCUACACUCUUCAGGAGCUGGGCCAUGCACACUGGACGGUAUCGGCCGGGCAAAGACAAACCGGAUCCAAAAACCUGGAAGGCCAAUUUCCGCUGUGCUCUGAAUUCUCUGCCUGACAUCUGUGAGCUGCAGGAGCACAGCAGGAAGAGAGGCAGCAACGCCUACAGGGUGUACAGGAUGCUGCCCAGCACGCACACCCACAGACGCAGGAGAGGGCUGCAUUUGUUCAGCAGACCCAGAGGAAGACAGACCAGUUCAGGUGAUGAUAAUAUGCACAUCACACAAACCUGGCAACCCACAACAGCGAGACCUGUUUCUGACAUAGCACAGCAGGUGGAGCCCACAGCUGAAGAUGCAUUCGCCAGCAGUCAAACACAUGGAAUGUGGGAGACCAAAGCAGAGGACCAGGAGCAAAAUGAGGCUGUAUUCAAGUUGAUGGACCACUUAAGCAACAAUGAGCACUGGAACCAGAGUGUGGAGCAGAAAGGAUGGAGAACACACGCACUUUGGGACCACUGGCAUGGUGCUGGGGAUGAAUACCUGUAUUCUCUACACACAGACAGCUACAAUGAUCUGUUUGGUCCAAACUACAUCAAGGAACUCUCUGAUUGGUCCACACAUCAGCAAACACUAAUGCUUUAGCUGCUCAUAAACUGCCCUUUUUUUCCAUCAGUGCUGUGUUUUCUUCUAUUUAACCUUCAGCUGUUGUCUGCCCUGCCAUCAGCUGAUCGCUGCAGAAGAAGAGAAACUAGAGACGAUUAAGUGGACAGAUUGUUGCUCUGUCAGUGUGUACGGCGGUCAUCCUCUCUGCUGAGCAUGCUGAGAUGAAGAUCCUGUUCCAAGCCA